CACGCGUGGCGUUUCGAGGGCUGGUGCCGACAUUGGGCGAGUGGAGCGUGAGUUGCGGGCUAUAGACUCACAUACACUGCCUGGCCCACGACAGAGGUGGUGAGGGUAGGUUGCUGGACUUCAACGCAUAAGGUCCUUGGCAGAGGAAAGGUAUAAAUACCGGGUGCGCCAGCGCCUUCUGUCCUCAUCAGCCCUCUCCCACCACACCAACAACCAAACAACGUCUCGUCGUCUCUUUCAUCCACCAACAUGUACAAGUUCGCUGUCGCCAUCGUCGCCGCCUUCGCCGUCUUCUUCGGCCAGGCGUCCGCCGCUACCCUGCUCGCUGACAACCCUGUCGACGCCUGCAACGGCAGCAACCACUACGGCGAGGGCCAUGACUGCGCCUUCAAGAGCGCCGACGGCACGGCCGAGGGUGUCUGCCACAAGGAUGGCAGCGGUGUUCUCACCUGCGUCCCGAACUGAGCGUCAGGGUGGUUGGACGUCAACGCAUGUAUUAUUCGCAUUUUUAUCGAGACUCAAUAUGUAUGGCCUGAAAAACGUCGGUAGUUGAUGCGCCAGGAGGUUGUUGCCUGCAAUGGAUUCGAAUACGCAAGUGUCCCUUCGACUUAUCUUGGCUGCGUGUAAGCAACUAAGAGAAUCAGUAGGAUGGCGGAGACG